CCUUACGUUUUCUUCCGCUGCCUCUCAACCACCUAACCCAGAAGAAACCAGCCUUUGCAGUUUCGCGGAUCGGCCCUCGCCGACCACUUAUUUGCCAAAAGUUGCCGCUUGCCUGUAUUGCCCCUUUCCGCGUAGCCCCCCUGAAAGUUUCCCCGCCUCGCACACGGGCCCUUCGCCGGAGCUUGCCAUAUGAAUGGUCAAACCCCGAUGGGGCUCGCCGCCGCCGCCGCAGCAGCAGUGAGGCCCUGCCGCCGCCGCCUCCUCUCGUCCGCCUCCACGGCGGCGUCAAAGUCGGGGGCGGGCGCCGCGACGCCGCUCUUCCCCAGAUUGCCCCACCCGCACCACCCGCCGUAUGGACGGCGCCUCCCCUUCCUCGUCUCCGCGGCGUCGCAGACCGGCCCGGACGCUCCGCCAAUCCACACCACGGGCCCCGUCCCCUCCGACCCCCGCGCCGCCGUUUCCGGCAACCUCCCCUUCUUCGACCGCGUCCUCUUCCCGGACUCGUUCCCGAUCGAGACCCCGCCCGCCAAGGAGGACGAGGACGCGGCAGCGUCGGCGCCAGCGCAGGCCGAUGAGGCCGUGGCGCCGGCGCUGCCCGUGAGGGAGGAGACGGAGACUGAGAGGGAGGCCUGGAGGCUGCUGCGGAGGGCGGUCGUCAACUACUGCGGCGAGCCAGUGGGGACGGUGGCGGCGGAGGACCCCGAGUGCACGGAGACGCUCAACUACGAUCAGGUCUUCAUCAGGGAUUUCGUGCCGUCCGCGCUCGCCUUCCUCAUGCGCGGCGAAACCGAGAUCGUCCGCAAUUUCCUUCUCCACACCCUCCAGCUUCAGAGCUGGGAGAAAACUGUUGACUGUUAUAGCCCUGGGCAAGGAUUGAUGCCAGCCAGCUUCAAGAUUAGGACCGUACCACUUGAUGAGAACAAUGAAGGAUUUGAGGAGGUCUUGGACCCUGAUUUUGGUGAGGCAGCUAUCGGCCGGGUAGCUCCUGUGGAUUCUGGACUGUGGUGGAUUAUUUUGCUGAGAGCUUACUGCAAGAUCACCGGGGACUAUGAUUUGCUAGAAAGAGUUGAUGUGCAGACAGGAAUUCAACUGAUACUAAGUUUGUGUUUGUCUGAUGGGUUCGACAUGUUCCCAACUUUACUAGUUACAGAUGGAUCAUGUAUGAUAGACAGGAGGAUGGGAAUACAUGGACAUCCUCUUGAAAUUCAAGCUUUAUUCUACUCUGCUUUACGAUGCUCACGAGAAAUGCUUGUUGUGAACGAUGGGUCAAAAACCCUCAUCCGUGCCGUUAACAACAGGCUCAGUGCAUUGUCCUUUCACAUAAGAGAGUAUUACUGGGUUGACAUGAAGAAGAUAAAUGAGAUAUACAGAUACAAGACAGAAGAAUACUCCCAUGAGGCAACUAACAAAUUCAAUAUUUACCCUGAGCAAAUUCCUUCCUGGCUUGUUGACUGGAUUCCUGAAAAAGGAGGUUACCUUAUUGGGAAUCUGCAGCCAGCUCACAUGGAUUUUAGGUUCUUCUCUCUUGGCAACCUUUGGGCCAUAGCUUCAUCUCUAACUACUCCAAGACAAGCUGAGGGAAUUCUUAGCCUUAUUGAAGAAAAGUGGGAUGAUCUUGUAGCAAAUAUGCCCCUCAAGAUAUGCUAUCCAGCAAUGGAAGAUGAUGAAUGGCGCAUUAUUACUGGCAGUGAUCCAAAGAACACUCCAUGGUCGUAUCAUAAUGGUGGAUCUUGGCCAACCCUGUUGUGGCAGGUACAUAGAUACCAAUACAAUGUUAUCAAAUUUCUUGCUCCUUUUCAUGCUUGUAGAUCAUCGCUGACUGAUCCUUGUUUCUGUUUACAGUUCACAUUGGCGUGCAUAAAAAUGGGGAGGCCGGAAUUGGCCCGGAGGGCCGUUGCUCUGGCUGAGGAGAGACUCUCAGACGACAAAUGGCCGGAAUACUACGACACUCAGUCUGGGAGGUUCAUCGGGAAACAGUCACGAUCUUAUCAGACAUGGACUAUUGCUGGUUUUCUGACCUCCAAGAUGUUGCUGGAGAACCCAGAGCUGGCUUCUAUUCUGACCUGCGAUGAGGACCUUGAGCUGCUUGAAGGCUGUGCUUGCUGCCUGUCCAAGAAGAGGGCUAGGUGCUCACGCCGUGCGGCCAAGUCGCAUGCUGGGUAAACCUCUGCAAAGCACAUGCUGUUCUUUCUACAGCGGAUGCACCAUGUAUACUACCGUUCUAGGAUUAACCCUCAGAUGGAGAGACUCUUCACAUGUACAUUAGUAUAGGUUUAUGUUAGAUACCCAUCCAUUCAUUUCCUCAGUGGCCGCUCGAUUCUUUUUGCUGAGCUGCCAUUGAUGGGAAAUACCCUGGCUGACACCGGUGGUCGGAAGAAGAGGGCAAAGCAUAUUCAGAGUUUGUGCUCUCAUAUACACAGAAAAAGGAAAUUUGUUCUUGUUAUUCGAUCCACAAGCUGCUCCCUUUUUUUGGGAGCGCUGUUGAAGCCCUAACAAUUGUAUUUCUUCAGUACUAAAAAGGAGACUAAACAGUGACACUGUUCCACUUGUUUCGUGAACUAUAAGAGUGCCAUGGAAAAAACUUUUGUUCUA